AUGGAUGUGGACGAACGUACCAGGCAGUCAGCAGCAGCAGCAGCAACUGCUGCUGCUGCUGGUACUGUGAACGAGCGCGAACGCGUCUCCCUGGAACAGCCGUUCCGCUUCGUGCAGCAAGCGCCCCUGAACUACACGAACUCGGGCAAGAGCGCUCUUGUGCUCGAUAAUCGAAAGGAGCCGCAAGCCUCGUCGCGUUCGGAGGCAGGAAAAGGGACUCGACCUGACCCGCAGCAACCCGACGCUUCCGCCGACCAGCAACUGUCACCACCGGGUACGCAACCGCGGGUAUCAGUGGGGCAGAAACAACAGCAGCGGACACCCGAACAAUCACCUGUUAUCCGCACAGAUGCAGCUUUAGAAGCUGCUGGAUGUAUGGACGACCAACGUCGUUCCUGGGAAAGACAUCGCUGGGAAGCGGAGCUCGCCGCGAUGCGAACCCAGGUAGACCAGAUGCGUUUCAGUCGGAGACUAGUGGAAAGAGAAGUAGAGAGCCUGCGUGCUGACAUUGUUCGGCUCCAAAAAUUGCUCCAGCGUUAUUUGCAGGACGCGGUGAGAGAAGCAGGUCCAGAAACUUGGUGCACGAUCCAGCCGGCCACACCACAGAGUAGUGGCCGGAGCGCGUCUCCAGCGACCUCAGCACGUUCUGCCACGAGUCAUGCGGAUCAUCAUUCAUCGAACAGCCAUCAACAAAGCCUUGUGGGUUGGAUUCGGGUAGGCAACGCUACGUUUGAAGGCUCUGUCAACCUUGUUCCGCCCACGAAUCCGUCGGCUUUUGCAGUGUUGCAGUGCAUCCUGGAGCGGCAGCUGGGAGCCGACGCGCUUCAUACCGACGACGACGACGACAAUAAGGCGAAUAACAUCACACUUCCAUUGGGACCAACUCGAAGACGCUGGAAGAUUCGUCCGGCUUGUGCUGAGGAUUUCCAGCAGCUCAUCAAUCCCGCGGAAUGGGCAUGGCUGGAGGUGGACUGCUCGCCGUGCACACCUCGAGCAGAUGCUCAAACGGAUUCUGGAGCAGAUACGGAGAGACUUGCGUUUCUCUGCCGCAAUACGACCAUAUCGGCUUUAUUGGAGCAGAUCACUGUCCAGCAGCGCACCGUCGAUGAGCUGGAAGAGAGGCAAGCUCCCAGCGCUGCCUCGGCUGCGAAUGUCUCAACAAAUCCGAUCGACAUUGCCCGAUCGGAGCAGUCGACGAAAGACGCUGGAACGGGAAAUGAUCUCUGGGGCAGUUUUGGUCGGAUGCUAAGCCGGUGGGUAUGGUCGCAGGCUUCGGCUCCCGACGACGACGACGACAACAUCAGUAGCCAAUGGAGCCCAGCGAGUGGAGUCGAUGCAUGGCCUCCGAGCCAGCCAGCUGCUAAAGCGACGACAGACGCUUUCCCGGUUCCAUCAUUAGAGCGGGAAUCGGCCGAUGAUGGAAGUGCCCAUGCUCGCGUCCACUCGAGCGCAAUGCGUGCUGCGGCAUCUUCGCCGGCUUUAGAGACAAGAAGCACCGCAGCAGACAAGUCUGCGCCUCUUGCGACACGCGGAGCGCCUGAAGCGCACGACUCGGCUAUGGACCGUGCGCAUGUAUCCGGGGAGGCAUCUGAGAGUCCGGCUAGAACGAGGACGUCAUCGACUUGCGACGUCGCUGCGUAUCCCGCGCAUACAUGCUCAGAAGCACCUGAGGGAUCGUCUCGAAUGCAUACGUCAAGAGUGGUGUCGUCGACGUCGUCGUCGUCAUUGGUCGCGCUGCCUCCAGCAGGCGCCACUACCGCUGUCACUGCUCCAGCAACAGCCACAGUGACAUUAGCGGCGAAUUUUCACUCGCAAGUGCUCUCGCCUGAUCAUUUCGAGUCCCUACGAAACGCACUGCCACAUCGCUAUCGAGACGCGGUCUGGUGUCUCGUGUACUCCACCGCGAUUCAUGGGGCAUCGCUCUAUACGUUUUACCACCGUACCCAGCACGCUUCGCAGAGCGUUGUUGCUGUGCGGGAUCGUGCUGGUCAUGUUUUCGGGGCCUUCGUCACAGAGACUUGGCGAUCGAACGCGAGCACCUUCUACGGGACCGGUGAGUGUUUCGUCUUCCGAGCAGAUGCUCAGGGACACGUUGAACCUUAUCCCUGGACCGGCAAGAAUACAUUCUUCCAGUAUUCGGGACCGCGUUUCAUCGCCGUUGGCGGGGGCGCCCACUUCGCGCUCUCACUGGAUGACGCGUUGCUAUCCGGAACUUCGGGGUACAGCGAAACCUUCGAUAACCCGCCGCUCUGUCUCGAUGCGCCCGCGAAUGAGGUAUCCCUUGGCGAGUUUGAAUGUGUCGUGCUCGAAGUCUGGGGCUGGAAACCUUGA